CCACCUUCACGCUCCUCGCCGACUCUCCUCGAUUAACUUUAACCUUUUGCAAAAGGAGGCGAGAGAGGAUGGAGGAGAGAGGACGCAAGAGGUGAGCAAAUCUAAUUGAUAGAAGGCCAAUGUGACAGACAAGACCGAAUGUGCUAGCCUGACGACUCAAACUAAACUAUUCUGCUGCUCUGUCGUUCGCUAAAUAGUGUUUUUUCUCGUCCGUGGGCGUGGCGUAGCGUUUGGCCGGAGCAAGGAGUCUGGGUAGCCAGGCAACAAAUGUGCAGCAUUCAUGCAUCUGAUUUGAAACAGCGGCGUGCAACCGGACCACUGCCCGUGCAGCUCGGUUAACGGGAGGAGAAAACGGACAGUACCCUAACCGAAAACAAUGAAGACGGGCACAUUUCCUAGGGUCCCGUUCUAUUCUAGAAGACACAUGGACUAAAAUAAAUAGGGCCACCAGGUGAGGCCCUCUGGCUGUCCUUUGCUGUGACCUGGCCUCUGACUGCUGAUUGGAGCCGGCCUGGUGUUCGUAUAGGUGUGUGUGAGGAGAUGAAGUCCAGUAUGCGUCAGUGGCGGAGGCUGGUGUUAGUGGGCAUGUUGGCAUGGGCCCUCCUCUUCCUGGCUCUGCUAUCCUACUUCCUGGACGCCCGUGUGGACAACGAGGCCCUGACCUCCGCUGGCUCCUCGCUCUCCCAGCACCCCGACACGCGCCGCUUGUCCUCCAUUCAAGCCGCCUCCCACCAGCAGCGCCAUUCCAUCAUGGGCUCCCGACACGAACCCGCCUACACCACCUUUACCACCAUCUACCCCAACCCAGACCCUAACUCUAACCAUUACCCAGACUCAGAAGCAGAGCCUAGCCCCACUUCCACCACCCCAGAACCUGGCCUGGAGCUGAGCCAGAGCCCAGACAGCGGUCCCUACGGGACCAGCCAGGAGGGGGAGGGGGGCAGCCGACAGCAGCAGGACUACCUGGACCCCCAGACCCUGGCUGCAUGGUCCUCCUUCGGCACGGAGAACGUGGGUUCCCACUCCGACCAGACAGUGACCCGUAGCCGCGAGAGAACCACCUGGACCGCCUCCGAUGCUGACCGGGGGCCCAACCGAAUAACGCGCAGAUCCUCACGUGAGGACGGAGAGGCGGAGGAGGGGGUUCAGACGAACAACAGCCACAGGAGGAGGACUACAGUGUGGGGGCGUGGGGGGAAGAGAGAGGGGUGGGGAAAAGAGGAGAAUGAUUUAGAAGAAUACUACUUCUCCAAGUCGGCCUCUGUGGUCCAGCGACUUUGGCGGGGAAGUGUCUCCUCUGGAAUGCUGUCCCCGCGGCUGCAGCGCGCCAUGCGUGACUACCUGAGUGCCAACAAGCACCACGUGGCUUAUAAAGGAGGCAGGCGGGCCGCCCAGAGCUCCAGGGAACUGCUGUGUGAGCUGAAGGACCAGGCCAGGCUGAGGACACUGGACGGGUCCGAGCAGCCCUUCUCCUCGCUGGGCUGGGCCCACCUUGUGCCGCGCCUGGCCCUGGAGCAGCUCUACAGACAGGGUGGCCAGAGGGGCUUCAGGAGCUGUGCUGUGGUGACCUCCGCUGGGGCUAUUCUGCACUCAGGCCUGGGGAAGGAGAUCGAUUCCCAUGAUGCAGUUCUGCGGUUCAACGCAGCGCCUACAGAGGGCUACGUGAGGGAUGUGGGGAACAAGACCACCAUCCGCAUCAUCAACUCACAGAUCCUGGCCGAUCCCAAGCACCGCUUUAACACCAGCUCCCUGUAUAAGAAGGUGACUCUGGUGGCCUGGGACCCUGCUCCGUACGCUGUCAACCUGCACAAGUGGUAUGCCAGUCCAGACUAUAACCUGUUCAGUCCGUACAUGGAGCACCGGAGGCUCCAUCCCACCCAGCCCUUCUAUGUCCUCCACCCCAAAUAUGUGUGGCAGCUCUGGGACGUCAUCCAGGGCAACACCCAGGAGACCAUCCAGCCCAACCCACCCUCCUCAGGGUUCAUAGGCAUCCUCCUCAUGAUGGCGCUGUGCGACGAGGUCCACGUUUAUGAGUACAUCCCCUCGCUGCGGCAGACAGACCUGUGCCACUAUCACGAGCGCUACUACGACGCAGCCUGCACCCUGGGGGCGUACCACCCUCUGCUUUACGAGAAGAGCCUGGUGCAGCGCAUCAACACGGGCCCAGAGCGAGACCUGAAGAGGAAGGGCCGCGUCACACUCCCUGGCUUCAGCACCGUCAACUGUGACUUCUGAACUAUCAACUCAUGAACUCUGACCCUUAGAAGAAGCCACAUGUGGAACCACCACGACCCCACAGGACUAAGGGAAAACGGUGCAAUAAUAACCCUCUGGACUCUGACCUCUGGGGGAACCUGGAGGGAAACACUUAGAACAGUGGAGAACCCAAGCCAUAGCCCCUCUGUGUGGGAUGGGAUCAAACCAGAGGGUGCAGGUCUAGUCUAACUACAUUUAUGUCAGGACUUUUCAACAGAACCCAGACGGAGAGAAACCCAGCCUUCCUCAGAGGAUAAUGGACCCAAGACGGCCUGAUGUGACUGUAUCUCCCGAUCUCUGCCAUUGCUGAGCCGGAAGAGAGGAGGAGAGCUGUAUAGUGUAGCAAUAGAUUAGUGUUAUUAGAUACUUUUUUUUAUAAAUAUCUGGUUGUGUUUUGCUGUUGUGAAACGUUGUGUUUUUCUAUAGUUCUGGUUGCUCUUCUUCCUUAAAAGGACUUAAAGGACAGUCCACUGUUUUUAAAUGGUGGGUGUUUUGUGUUUUUUUAAUGGCUCUCAUGGGGGGGUAAAUUAAUGUUUGAGAAAAUGAGCAGUGGUCUGCACGGAAUGUCUCAAACACGUCCAUACCAAACACACACUUUUGAACACGUACAAACUCAGCAUACACCAGCCACACACUCCCGACAACACGUAACAAAAACUUGAAGUUUAAUUCAAAAUGUACCUCA